UACUGGUAAAUUAUCAUUGAUGCUAAGAUGUUAAUUACUUCAAUAUUAUCUGUUGUUGUUUUGACUAUUGUCAAUGGUAUGCCUUCAAAUUCGGACGAUGUAGGUGAUGGCGAGUACUUUAAAGCUUGCAUGGAAUGGACUAAAUGCACAUCAGAGGGUAAGGACCGAGAUGAUGAGUUUAGUGCUUGUGUAAAGAUGGCACCAAAGGAGAAAGCUGAGAAAUUAGUGAAGAAUAUCGGAGCUUUUGCCGAAAAUGAGUGGCCAGACAUACCAGCAAUAUUUAUAGAUUACUGUGCCAUGACCGAGGAAAAGAAGCUGAACCGCAAUCUUGUAGAAGAAUCACUCUAG